AUGUUGAUGACUGCUAGCUUUCUUGCUUUUUUCACAUUCCCCUUUGUUUUCUCACAGGUAAAGAAGAAGAUCACCGUUGGAAUUGCAGCAGUCGAAGAAGUACUGCCGAGUUUCAUGGGACACUCGCUCAGUGGGGGCGCCAUAGGCUUAGCCAUAGAUCGCAUGAAGGCUGAGGGAAUUGCUGAAGGAUUUGAGUUUGAGUUCCUAGUAAACUACACCGAAUGCGACGAAGCAGUGGCGGUCGGUGUCGCAGUGGAAUUUAUGAAGGAACGUAACGUCGACGUGGUGAUUGGUCCGCCCUGUCCAAUGUCGGCUGAAAUAAUGGCGCACCUUUCUACUUACUACAAAAAGGUAAUGCUUGGAUGGGGUUUCCUGAUUGACUCACUAUUCGCCGAUCUUCACAAGUUUCCCUAUGCGACAAAAGUCGCUCCAGAUUCUCUCAUGAUGAUGAAAAGUGUGCUACAGCUUUUCGAAUUGUAUAAUUGGGACAGGGUAGCUGUUUAUUACACAACAAACGAGGUCCGCUACUGCGACAGUCUCAUCGAGGACACCCUGGCAACAUUCGCCGAUGGAACUUCAUAUUUCGUGGAAGUAGUGCAAAAGGUGCUAUGGAAUCGUGUAGAUACCAGUACGUUUAGGGAGCAGAUGAAGCGUACAAAGACGGUUGCGAGAAUAGUGGUGAUGUGCUUGGAUUCGGCGGCAGAACGUAGAACCUUCAUGAAAGUUGCAUCGUCCUUGGAUAUGGUUUCCGACGACUACGUAUACAUUCUUCUAGCCAUGAGAGGCUUUGCAUUUGUAUCAAAUGGUCUUACACCGUUUUGGGAGGAUCCGGAUAGCAAUCAUACGGAUGACGCCAUGGUUAAGAAAGCUGCACUAAAAAUGAUUCUGGUUGAUGUGAACAGCGAGGAUGUCGAUCCGAAGACGCUCAAGUACUUUGCAAGCAGAGUAGUCCCUCGAGUGAGGACAGAUCCACUGUAUUGUUCCACUGCGGCUUGCCUUUCGAAUGAUGGAAAAACGAUGGCGACGUGGGCUCGCUACUUGCAUGAUGUAUUUUAUCUCUAUGGGCUAUCGCUCAAUGAAUCACUGACUAAGGAUCCGUUAGCUGGAGAAUCGAACGCCACCACACUGUUCUCGUCAAUGCAGCGCACUUUCAUAGGGCUCACCGGUAAGGUCACUAUCAAUGCAAAUGGUAGCCGUGUCCCUUUGUUUACUGCAUAUGCGCUUGAUUCAAGCUUCAAUCAAAUUUCUUACAUCAACUUUACUAUGUCCAACGAAGUUCCUGUCAUGUCAAUCGGCUAUGCUAGCGAAGCGACGAUUUGGUCUACUCGUGGUGGAGUGCGCCCUCUCUCUCGGCCCAUAUGUGGAUACACUGACACAGAAUGUCCCAAAGCAUUUUGGGAAAUGUAUUCGCUCUACGUCAUUGUAGGAUCAGCAGUUAUACUUCUCUUCUUAUUGGCUGCUCUUCUUCUCCUCGUGUAUUUGAUCAGAAUACGUCGGCAGGAACAAGAACAAUUACGUCUGCAAUGGCAGAUUCCUUUCAUUAAGCUAAGAAAGCCACCAUCCAUGAAGGAGCUCCAACAACACAGCAAACGCUCUCUCCAGUCAGGGCCAUCAACAAUGACGGGAGAUUCGAGAUUUGCGUCAGAGACAAAUUUUGGCAUUUAUGAAGUAUACUUCAUUGACAAAGAACCCGUGCUUACUACUAAGCAUACGCCCACUACUCUCACACAAGAAGACUAUGCGAGGUUUCCAAAGAUGAGAAAACUUGAUCAAGACAAUUUGAAUCGCUUUAUCGGGCUAUCCAUUGAUGGGCCAGAUUACGUCGCAGUUUGGCGUAUGUGCUCGAGAGGAACUUUGCAGGAACUGAUUUCCAAAGGAUCAUUGUGGUUCGACCCCUUCUUCAUGUUUUGCAUAAUGCGUGACAUCGCUGAAGGUCUGAAUUAUCUGCACAACUCCUUCAUCGACCACCAUGGACGGCUUCGUUCGGGGUGCUGUUUAGUAAAUGAAAGUUGGCAGGUGAAAAUAUCUGAUUACGGAACGGAACCUCUUGGUGAAGAGGAGCGAUUGCAAAGAGAGCGUCUUCUCUGGGUGGCUCCGGAACAUCUCAGGGACUCGCUGGCUUCCAAAGAAGGGGACGUGUAUUCUUUCGCUAUCAUCUCAUCAGAAGUAAUUACUCGCAAACCAGCCUGGAACGUACACGAAAGGAAGGAAAGUGUUGAUGAGCUCGUCUACAUGAUCAAGAAAGGUGGCUCUUUUCCACUGCGACCAGAACUCAGUACCGAUGGCGAAAUAAGUGGAGCACUGCUUCAUCUCAUACGUGACUGCUGGUCAGAGAAGCCAUCCGAACGUCCCACAGCCGAAAUGGUGUGCAAAUUGCUCAAGUCAACGAUGCCUGAUAAUAAAUCGAACCUAAUGGAUCACAUGUUCAAUAUGUUGGAAGAAUAUACGACAACACUAGAGCUGGACGUUGAGGAGCGAACAAAACAGCUUCAGGAAGAAAAAAAGAAAGCCGAUAUUCUCCUGGGAAGAAUGUUACCUAGGCAAGUAGCUGAUCGUCUCAAGUUGGGACAGACAGUAGAACCAGAGGGUUUCGACUGCGUGACGGUAUUCUUCUCUGAUGUUGUCAAAUUCACCCAGUUGGCAGCAAAAUGUUCAGCAUUUCAAGUUGUCAAUCUAUUAAACGAUCUCUACGGCGGAUUUGAUUCAAUUAUUGAAGAGCAAUGUGUUUAUAAGGUUGAGUCAAUCGGAGACGGUUACCUAUGCGUAUCCGGUUUGCCAACCAGAAACGGCUUUACUCAUGUCAAAGAAAUCGCUGAGUUGUCCCUGGCAUUUAUGGACUUCGUGGAGAGAUUUCGUAUUCCUUCGUUGCCAAGGGAGAGAAUGCAGUUGCGUAUCGGUGUUAACACAGGUCCAUGUGUCGCUGGGGUGGUUGGACUAAGCAUGCCGCGGUACUGCUUGUUUGGAGACACGGUAAACACAGCGUCGCGAAUGGAAAGUAAUGGAAAAGCUGGGCAUAUACAUCUAUCCAAAGACACUCAUGAUCUGCUCAGCGCCAAAUAUGGUGAUGUCUAUGACACUCGAUCAAGAGGGGAGGUGAUCAUCAAGGGCAAAGGUGUCAUGGAGACUUUUUGGUUGAUGGGCCGUCUUGGAGAAUCAUCGUCACAUAGAGCUGCCAUGCAAACUGAGCGCUUGAGGAGUCCAGAGCAACAACCAGUAGACGAAGAGAAGAACAGAUUGAGUGCAGAUCCCAAAUUUACGUUUAACUGGUUGUCUUCAGUACCUCAAACAAGACCAGAACUUCAAUAA